AUCUUGCAAUCGAACAGACAUAAAAGGAACGGAAACAUUGUUAUUUUAUUCUGCUGACACGAGAUGGAUCUGCGAGUCUCUGUUGUUCUUCUUUUCGUUUUUCUCAAUGGAGGAUAUUCUCUUAAGUGUUACUCAUGCAUGCCUGAUUCGACGGGUUCCUGUAAAGCAAAAGUGGAGACAUGUCAAGAUGGAUUUUCUAUAUGUGCAAGCAGUAAAGUGGAACAAUCAGAUGCAGGUUUAACUAAGGUGUUCAUCACUAAAGCAUGUGCAGAUCAAUGUAAACCAGGGACCCAAAAGAUAGAUGAAGGGUCAUUGUCUGUCCAGUGUUGUGACACUGACCUUUGCAAUGCAGCAGACGGAAUGGUCAAGGGAAGCUUCCUCCUGCUCUUCUCUCCUCUUCUCUUCUACUUCCUGUUUCAGUGAGUCCAGAUUCUGCAACAAACACCAGCGAAUGUGGAUUGCUAUACUUUUCUAAAUAAAGAUCGUUUGUUGCACUGAUGUUCUUUGGUUUAAGGAACUAAAAGUAUUUACUUUAUUAAAUUAAUAUUGUACAAAACACUGCAUCAGCACUAUGUUUUUCCUAUGCUUAAAAUAAAGUUAUUAUAGAAUGUAA